CUCAUCGGCGCCUCCGCAGGGCUGUUCCGCGGCCCCGACCGCUGCUGUCGGGAGCACGACCAGUGCUGGGCGCAAAUCACGGCGCUGCAGUUCAACUACGGUAUCCGGAACUAUCGCCUGCACACCGUGUCCCACUGCGAUUGCGACGCCAGGUUCCGGCAGUGCCUGCUCGCCAUCAACGACACCGUCUCCAACAUCAUUGGCGUCACAUUCUUCAACCUGUUGGAGGUGCCAUGCUUUGUGCUGGAAGAGAGUGAGGAGUGCGUCCAGUGGCACUGGUGGGGCGGGUGUGAGCGUUAUGAUGUAGUGCCUCUUGCCAGGAUGGUGCAGCAGAAUCAGUACCACCCCAGCCUACCAGCAGAGAAGAGGGGAAGCCCUACUGUGCAGCCCCCAGGCAAAAGAAGGACUUUCUCUAGAAGAGGGCGUAAGUGGCUUCGACAGGAACUGAGGGCAAAGCCUAGGCAUCACCAGGUAUGGAGACCUAAGACAGCCCAGCUGCUGCAGGGCCCAGGUACCCCAGCGUUGGCCAGGGACAAGGCUGAGCUCACAACCAGGCACCCAGCAGUGCAGUGGGAGUUAGAGCCUGGCCCUGCAAAAGCACUGACAGUGUCAGGACAGGAUGUGGUUGGAGCAGAGCAAGGAGCUGGAAUCUCAGCAUGUCCUUCGUAUGGCAGCAUUAGACCCAGCCCAGCCACAGCACAGUGUGGAGCCACCCCCAUGCCAGCUGUGAAGGAGCGCAGGGAGCAGGGCACAGGGUGCAGGUGCAACAAACUCCUGGGUAAGUGUGAGCACCAGAUUGCACCCCACGAGGCAAAGUACCAGCUGCACAACGUGGACAGCCGGACACUCCUCCACUGCAACUGCACACACAGGUGCUGGCACGGUGCCUCCACAGGGCAAGGGACUGCAGUGACAUGGACGUGGCUGUUCUGGCUGACCAUAUCGCCAUGGACUGCUUUGUCCUGGAGCUGCCUGCUGCCUGCAGCCCAGGCAGAGUAUCACAGCACAGCUGUACCACAGUGACCAGGGCUGUGCUUGUACCUGCACGGCAGCUCAAAAAGAUUCUAAGACGCUGGGGCCUUCUGCGUGUGAGCUCCAAGUCCAAACAUCCACACAGGAAGACACAGGCCAGGGGAGGCACCCUCUGUGAGCAGUGCCAGCAUCUGUUUGUACAGCAGACACCAGGUGCUUGGCCCCACAGAGUGCUUCGAUGAACCCAAGCAGUGCUGCCUUGGGAAGGAAGGGAAGAUGUGUGCAGCAGCUGCAGCCUGGAGGCUGCCUGGGGUCUGGUCCUCAAGUCCAAGGGUGGCACUGAACAUGGCUCUUGGCAUGACAGUAUGGAGCUGGGGACCACAGCCAGAGCACAGGCAGAGGGACUGAGAAGCCUCUCAAGGAGCUGUGGCUGCCAUCCAUGAGUAUCAAAAGCAAGGGGAAAGAAAUAGAAGGGAAUGGGGAAAACCCAUUGUCCUUCCCUGGUGUGCCCUGGGACAGGGCGGGUAGCAGGCCACCCCACCCCUACAAUGGUGACCCUUCAGCUGGGGACCCUGAGCAGUGAGGUGUGAUCCCAACCCUCUUGCCCAGGCAGGGUAGGAGGGCUAGGGUCAGUACCUGCAUGCGGCAGAAAAAAUAAAGGGUGGUCAGAGCA